AGUUUACUUUUAGCUGCAAGCGCGCCAGGAACUCUGAAGUUGAUAAACCGCUGAUAUUAGUUGUUUUUUUUCUCUAUUGUUUAGUUAAAAGUAAUUAACAGCAUUGUGCCUAAAAAAAUAUUUCUGCAAUAAAAGUUUUGUAUUUUUAUUAGUAAAUGUCAGUGUUAUAAAAUAUCUUUACCUUCUCUAGUUUAACUGAAAUCUGAGCGAUAAUAGAUGUUGACCUUUCUUGUGCUUAAAGAAAGAUCUAAGACUUUUUGUAAUUUUUGGCGCUUGGGAGCAUCUUAUGCUUCCAUACAACUUUCCGAAAAGAGAAAAUCAACCUAUACAAAAACAAAGGAAUAUAAAGGAAAAUUAAAUCAGAAUUUUAACAUUCCCCGAAAUGUUUCAGACAAGCUCCGAAGCGUAAUACAACCAUCAAUUCCAUUUGAUUUGUUUCUUGAAGAAAAAUGUCAUCCUAAGCUAAAAAAUGUUCUCGAAUCUAAUAAAAUCGGUGAAGAAAUACGUCAGCUAUCCAAUCAAGAAUUAUGUAAGCUAAUUUUACUCGAAGAUACUUCUAAAAAGUCUGAUAGCCAACAUAGAGUUAUAGAAAUCGAAUGCAUUAGACGUAUUCCGAAAAUAGCAAUAAAGGAUUUAGUUGAUAUUGCUGAUGCUCUUUAUCUGUCCCAGACAAAUAAUCUAAAAUUCUUUCGAAGCUUGUGCACAUACUUGGAUAAUGAAUGGAAUAACCUCAAUCUUAAAACAAAAGAUGUUAUAUCACUAAUCUUUUAUAUUUCAAAUUAUAGAUCUAUUCCAAUUAGUGUAAUGGCACAUUUUGAAAAAUUUACGUGCCAAAACAUUGAGCUGUUAACAGGAAAUGAAGUUGGAGUCAUCUGUCACACCUUUUUUGUUACAAAUACGUCAUUCAGAAGCUAUAAGACAAUCGAUUGUGUAUCGAAAAAAUUAUUACAUGAUUUUCAUAAGAUAGACGCCCAACACAUUGCAAAUAUUCUUAAAACUUUAAGACACGCUGGAUAUAAUUCUACUGCAUAUUUUGGAAAAUUAGGCGAUAACUUAGUUUCAAGCUCAUUUAUUAAUGAAACUGCUUAUAACUUGACUCAUAUUGUUCAUACAUUUGCUUCUGCGAGAAUAAUUCAUGAGAAACUUUUUGAUAAGAUUCUAAAUAGAAUUGUCUACCUGCUCAGAAAUAAGAAAGAUAGUCUUAGAACAAAAGACUUGAUAAAAAUUGUCUGGUCGGCGAGUUCUCUGCAGCAUCCAAUUCAACAUAAUUUGCUGAAUAGCUUAAUAGACAUUUUAACGAAUAAACACAAUAGGCAGAUGUUCCCAGAGGCUUUUGUGGAUGGUGUUCUUUCUUUAUGUAUGAAUAAUGUUGUACAUUCUAAAUUGUUAAAUGACUCAUUAAAGCAAUGUCAAGAAAUUACUGUACAAAACCGGUUUCUUCAGAUGAAUCAUCAAUACAUGAUUUUAAAUGACUUCUGUAAAUCUUUAGGAUCGGAAUAUAAAGGAUUUUUGAUAAAAAAUGAAUGGUUUUCUAAAUCUGCUGUAAGGGAAGCUCCAAAUCUAUGCGUUGAAUUGGAGAGACGUCAAGGGCUGGCUUCGAUUUGGUGUUCUUUGCACCGUUUGUUGGGAGGCUCAAAUUACGUAAAAUGUGAACAUAUCUUACAAUCUACCAAGAUAGCGGAUAUUAUGAUUUCAAUGGAUAGAAAGAAGAAUUUUGUUCCCAUUUUAUAUAAUCCAGCAAACACACGAUCUGGAAUCAAUAUAAAUUUGAAAAGUUCCCCAAGACUUAUCAAUCCAUUUGAUGUCGCUAGGGAAAUUGAUAAUAGAAAGCUUGCUUCUAGUACAAAACGUAAAAGUGUGAUAGAGGAAUUGGAAAGCUUUCAGUCUAAUUCAAAUAAAUCUAUCACUAAUUGUUUUCAUCGAAGUUACCAUAAAGAACCGAAUUCAAACCGUAUGAUAGUAAUAAAAGUAUUUGGUUGGAAUCAGUAUCUACGCAAUUCAUCAACUAUUUUAGGUCUUCAUAAUCUAGAAAUAGGAAUUCUUAAUCGAUUUGGUUUCGAUGUUUUGAUUCUAAAUCCUAAAGAUAUGAUGACUAUUACCAGUUUUAGCGAGAAAGAAAGGGAUCGGUAUUGCCAGGAAAAUAUUUUAAAUGUUCUAAGAAGAGAACUAUAG